AUGCUGCCAUUAACGCAUAAGGAUUCCCGUGGAUUUGGCUAUCGAAUACGGGAGAAGUUCAACAGUUGGAGCCGGCUCAUUCUGUCGGAUCGCAAUUCGCGAAAUUUGUUUUUCUUCCUACUGCUUAAUUUAAGCUUUGCCUUUGUCGAGCUGAUGUACGGAAUAUGGACGAACAGUUUAGGGUUGAUCUCGGAUUCGUUCCACAUGUUCUUCGACUGUACCGGGUUGUUGGCCGGAUUAGCUGCGUCCGUUAUAACGAAGUGGCGGGCUAAUGAGAAAUAUUCUUACGGAUACGUGCGUGCAGAAGUUCUAGCUGGAUUUGUGAACAGUCUCUUUCUGCUGUUUAUUGCAUUCUUCAUCAUGUCGGAGGCAGUGGAACGUGCUAUCGAGCCUCCGGAAGUAAAACACGAACGGUUAUUCGUCGUCUCGGUACUAGGGUUACUGGUGAACCUGGUCGGUAUCUAUGCAUUCCAACACGGUGGCCAUGGACAUUCGCAUGGUGGGGGCGGUGGCCACGGUCAUUCGCACGGCGGUGGUGGCGGUGGUCACGGACAUUCCCAUGGUGGAGCAAUGAAUCAUCACAGCCACGAUACUCAUCACCUGCUGUCGAAUCAUAACGAUCACCAUGGGCAUUCACACGGUGCUGGCGAUCACCACCACAACCAUGGAGGUGGCAGUGAGAUUAUUUCGACCAACUCGCAGAUUAUGCGUGGUGUCUUCCUGCACAUUCUAGCCGAUACGCUUGGGUCGGUAGGUGUCAUUAUAUCGGCAGUGCUGAUGCAGCUGUUUGGUUGGAUGCGAGCCGAUCCCAUUUGCAGCAUGUUCAUUGCGCUAACGAUCGGGCUCAGUACGCUCUCGUUGAUCAAAGAAUCGGUUAUGGUGCUUAUGCAGCGCCAACCGGUAGCGCUGGAUCGAUUACUGCCAUCCUGCUAUCAGAAGGUGACCGGUCUGGCCGGUGUGUAUAGCGUACAGGAGCCACAUUUUUGGACCCUCUGCACCGACGUGUACGUAGGUGUCAUCAAGCUGGAGGUAUCGAAAAACGUUGAUCCCAAGUACGUGGUACAACACACGCGCAUGAUCUUCGAAGCGAUAGGCGUACGGCAGAUGAACAUUCAGCUAGACUAUACUGCAAUGUGA